AAGAGCCAGCUGGGAUUAACCCUCCUAUCCGGGGCCUCUAGACGGGCGGGGCUGUGCGCGCCCUGCCCGGGCCAGACCCGGGACUGGGCUCCGUACCCCUGGGCCUUCACAACCAGGCAGCGCCGGGCCGUGGGUCUGCGGGGCGGGCUCAAGGCUGCGGAACCGCCCCAGGGCCGGGCCAAGCUCCGCCAGAGCCGGGAGCGGAGCGAGGCGCAGCGGAGCGGCCUGGGGGGGAACCGGGACCGGGACCGGGACCCGAUCCAAGCAAGCUCGGCGCAGGGGGUCGCGCCCCGCGGAUCGCGGCUGGCUGCGCGCUCGCUCGGGCCGGGGGCCGGCGAUGGCCGGGCCCCGGGGCCGCCGGGGGGUGUGACCGGCCCGCCCGCCAUGGCCGAACCGGCCGAGGAGAGGCACUGCUGGGUCUGCUUCACCACGGAGCACGAGGACCGGGCCGCCGAGUGGGUCUGCCCCUGCCGCUGCAAAGGCUCCACCAAAUGGAUCCACCAGGCCUGCCUGCAGCGCUGGCUGGACGAGAAGCAGAAGGGCAACAGCACGGGCAGCGUGAGCUGCCCGCAGUGCGGCACCGAAUACCGCAUCGUCUUCCCCAAGCUGGGGCCCCUGGUCUAUUUCCUCCACCAGGCAGACCGGAUCCUGUCCAGAGCCAGCCCCUUCGCCAUGGCCGGCAUCGUGGUGGGAACAGUGUACUGGUCGGCUGUCACCUAUGGGGCCGUCACGGUGAUGCAGGUGGUUGGCCAUAAGAAGGGGCUGGAUGUGAUGGAGCGGGCAGACCCCCUCUUCCUGCUCAUGGGGCUGCCCACCAUCCCCGUCAUGCUGGUGCUGGGCAGGCUGAUCCGCUGGGAGGACUACGUGCUGCGCGUUUGGCGGAAGUACUCCAGCAAGCUGCAGGCCCUGCAGGCCCUGGUGCCAGGGAUUGGGCGCCCGGUGGCCCCGGGGCCGCUGGCUGAGUCCCGCCCGCAGAGCGACCACACGUCCCUCUCGCGCUCGCUGUGCGGGGCCCUGGUGUUUCCCACCAUCGCCAGCCUGGUGGGCAGGCUCCUCUUCCGGCGCGUGGAUUCCAGCCUGCAGCGCACCAUCCUGGGCGGUAUCACCUUUGUGGCCAUCAAGGGGGUGCUGAAAAUCUACUUCAGACAGCAGCAGUACCUGCUCCAGGCCGACCGGCACAUCCUCGACUACCUGGAGCCAGGCCUGGAGCGGGGCCCCGCGCCCCCAGACGAGGACAGCGGCACCGAGGGCAACCUCAGCUAGGUCUGGAGCCUGGCCCCUGCCCGCAGCUACUUGGCCUGUCGGGCCGUGCCCUGCAGUCACAGCAGGGGGGCAGAGCCCUGCCCUGGCCCCCCAUCCCCACCCCGGCGGGAGGCUGUCUCCUAUCUUCCACGCCUGGCCCUGGCCCUGCCCCCUUUAUAAAUAGCCACUGGAAAUACAAACCUUGUUUGAAUGGC